GAGUGCAGCAGAAACAUCACAAUAGCUGCCUCGGCCAAGUUAAUAGUGAUAUUAAAUUUAUAUUACAGUUAGUUAGAUAAAGGGGUAUAAACUUAUAGCUAACACUAAUAUAGUCAGGAACAUCACUUUUUAAGUACUGCAGCAUUGGAAAAAAUAAACUUGUAUUUUACUUGACAACAAUGAGUGAACGUCAGCAGAAGAUGGAAGGUGAUCCCAAAAAUACUAAAGGCUGGAGCUCUCGUGUGAUGAGUGUAAUGAAGAGCGUGACUGUGGAGCCGCUGAUGCUGCUCGAUGGUCUGGCCUUCUCCAACAUGCACGUGUACAUAGAGAACAUGCAGAUGGAGCGAGUGUGCCGAGUGGGCAGUGGCUUCUCCCAGCAAGUGUGCGACGACCUCAAGAGUGAUCCAGCAGCCAGUGUGGAGGUGCAGCAGAGGUACAGCGUGUUCGCCCUCUAUAAUGGCAUCAUCGCCGCCGCUCUCCCACUCUUCUUCAUCCUCUUCAUGGGCGCCUGGAGUGACAAGUAUGGGAGGAAGGUGCCACUGGUGGCAGUGCAGGUGGGUCACGUUCUCCACGCCGCAGGCUACUUGUUGGCGUCUUUGGCACCGCAGUGGCCUGCCGAAAUGCUGCUCUUGGUCACACUGCUAGACACUCUGGGAGGCGGCACCGUGUCAUUCCUGACGGCGGCCAACUCGUACAUCAGUGACGUGUCUUCAGAAGAGUCGCGCACAUCAAGAGUGGGACUGGCCAACAGCAUCUGGUUCUUGGGAGGCCCCGUCGGUACUCUGAUGGGCACUUACAUCUACACGUGGGGCGGCUACCUACCACUCUUCGCUACUUCCCUCACGCUGUCUCUGAUGGCCGUGGUGUACGUGGUCGUGUGCCUUCCUGAGAGUCACGGACCCUUCGCCAGGAAGGCCGAGGCCAACGCCCCGGGACACAAGUCCCAGGUGGAGCUGCGGGACAGUGUGGCGGUGGUGUACGGGAUGGAAGUGAAGGCAACACCCUCCUCCACAUUCCACAACACCCGCCCAACUCUCUCCAUCAUGAUCAAGGACUUCUUCAACCCGCGCCGCAUCUUUGACAGUUUCAAGUCGACUCUGAGGCAACGUGAGGGUAACACUCGAGCCCUCAUCCUUAUCCUCAUCUUCACCAGCCUCCUCAGACGAGUCACAAGAUCGCCUUACGUGUUCGCCUUCACGCGCCACGUGCUGGGCUGGGAGGCCAGCGACUACAGCCUCUGGGUUACCUACAAGAACCUCGUGGCUACUACAGGUUCCCUGGUGGCGGUGCCACUACUGAGUGGCCGUCUGGGGGUGGCAGACAAUGUGCUGGCCAUGGUGGGGGCCAUGUCCGGGGUCCUCGAGUAUGUCGUCUACGGCUGUAUCUCCGACACUCGACCAUAUUUUAUCUGGAUAGCUCCAGUAGCGGCUCUGCUGCUCAACUCCUGCACCAUCGCCCAGCGGGCCAUGAUGACCAAGUUCGUCGCCAGGGAUGAGAUCGGUAAGGUGUCUGCUGUGCUGGGAGCCCUUGACGGCCUCAUGCCCAUGGUCAACUCUGCCCUCUACACCGCCAUCUACCACGCCACCGUCAGCGUCUUCCCCUCAGCCCAUUUCUUCCUGGGAGCUUCAGCCAGCGGCCUCAUGAUCGUUUUCUUCUGCGUCAUCAUGUGUGCCGACAAGUCUGGUCAGUAUGACGUCGAAGGCGCCAAGCCCAGCAAAGCCUCAGGACCCAUCACCAACAAGUCUCUAGUGAUGAGAACCGACUCCUGGCUUGCCACCGACUCCUUGGCGCUGGCCCUAUCCACGCCCAGUCUCCCUGUCCUUCCCGACCAUUACAACAUUCACCACCACCAUAUAGAUCUCCAAAAAUUUGUGUAUCAAAAACCUGAAGCUACAGUGAAAUCUAGUUCAGGAAAUAACUCGAAUAUCAAGUCUCACAAGUUAAUACACAGUAUCAAGACUUCCCUCAGGGCAAUCAUGAGGCCAGGAGAAGCCUCGUGCCAAGAUGUAGUCACAGUACAUAAGCCUGAUGCUAGGAUGAACAUAUCAAACCUCUUCGUUAACAUCAACAACAUCACCAACCAAAUUCUCAUCCCGAAAACAACUCGUGAUUCAGUGAGAGUUGGGGAAGAAUCUCAAAAUAAUGUAAACAAAGUGGAGAAGACAUUACCCCCAGUGUGAGCUGUAAACAUACACAAGUUUUAUGUGCCAACACUUCCUGUGAUGUCAGAACAUUAUGUGACAUUAUAAUUCUGGGAUUGAUAGUACAUCAGUCUUUAUUAUUAUUUCACAUAAGCUUUACCAUUAACACUCCCGAUUCUAACCAAGUGUUAAAUGUUUGAUUGAAACAGAUUAUUCUGUUAGACGGAGUCAUGGCGAGGACUGUACUGUACUGAUCACAUCCAAGUGUGUCAAGGUCACUCCUGUUGUGUUUGUGUAUCUCUGUGCUUCAGCAGCUAAUGUCUUUAUGCUCGUCGACCCCGUCAUUCCAUGCGUUUGACAACAACUAUUAGAAUCUAAGGAAGACAGAACUUUCCUGUAUUUCGACUCGAUAAGACGAAAGUUGAGAUGUCAUGUGUUCUCAGUGUGCUACAGGGUACUAGUCUCGAGGAGGCUCUACCUUGGUUGUGUAUGUGAUGCGUGUUGUUCUUGUUUCCUAUUUUGUUUGUAGAUACAUGUAUAAUUUAU